CCAGACAGCGCACACUCACACACAGUCGCGUACACGCGCGCGCGCGCGUAAUUUCAGCUCAGCCAUGGCUCCCAUGUAGAUGCUCAAAGCGGCUGUUGUCAGAGCGAAUUAAAUCUCCUCUCGCUCGCUGCUUCCCUCCUGACCUUGCCUGCCUCCGGUUGGGGUUUCAAUAUUUUAUUUCGGAUUCCUGCGCUUUCUUCAUGGCUACAUCAGAUGGACUAGACGGCUGUCUGCAGCGAGGCAGAUCUCAAAGUGACCCGAACAUUCUCACUGAACCAGGCAUCGAUCUGGCGCACAGUACAGUAGAGCUCGUGGACCAGCAGAGGGUGCUCAGAACAGGCUGCUUGGUGAGCGGCGUUCACACUCCACCCAUCCGGCGUAACAGCAAGCUGGCCAGCCUUGGGCGACUCUUCAAGCCCUGGAAGUGGAGGAAAAAGAAAAAUGAGAAACUCAAGCAGAGUUCUACAGAUGUAGCAUUGUCCAGUGGUCUCCUGUGCCAUGACCCCAACUCUCCCACACAAGGCUGCUGCUCCGAUGAUUCCGUCUUGCUUGGAGGAUUCGGGGGAUCUUUGAAUGCAAACCUUACUGUCAGCAGUGUUGAAUACCUUGGUCCUGAGGAGGACCCCCCCCAUUCUGUAGCUGGCCCUCUUCAGAACUGUGAAAAGGUCGAGGAAGACGCAGCGUUACAGGAUGAAGGAGCGGAAGAGGAAGGGCUUUCGUCUGGAGAUCUACCUGAAGGUCUUCAGGACACAAGGGGACAGGUGGAGGAGAGACCAGAGGACGAGGUUCCUCCCAGGGCGUCUCCACCACAAGUACCGCCAAAACAUUUACCCCAGUUGAGUUCUGGAGAUGAUUCAGGGCCUGCGUCACUCCCCGCUCACCUGCCAAACUCCUACCUCCCCAAGGAACUUCCACCAAGGGCCCCGGAAAGCCUGUCUUCAAUGACCCUGCCAUUACGGAGGCCCCUGGCCAAUACAUCAGGGUCCCCCCAUCUUGGCAGUUUGAUUCUCCCUCCCAUGCCCCCCAGCUGUAUCAUGGAAGAGCUGCAGAGGGCGUUCGCUUCAAAGAACCGACAGGAAAGUGUCCAUGAAGGGUGUGAGCAGAGCUCCCCCCCGCGCCUGUGGUGCUCUGAUGGCCGGCUGUCCCGCUCCUGCAGCUCAGAAAACCAGCACUCGUCUUCUUUUGGGGGCAGCUGCGUAGGAGGUGGAGGGUCCGACUGGCCCAAGAAGGAGGCGGAGGAGAACAAGGAGAACGUACGGCUGGACCAGUGCUUCUCCAACACCUCAGGCCUCCCCUUUGACCUGGACGGCUGGAACGAGUCCGUCAUCUCCGGCACACUUCCUCGCAGGCUAAGGAAGGAGCUGCUGGCUGUCAAACUACGAAACCGACCCAGCAAACAGGAGCUGGAGGACAGGAACAUCUUUCCAGCGAGGAGCGAUCAGGAACGGCAGGAGAUACGACAGCAGAUUGAAAUGAAACUUGCAAAGAGACUAAGCCAGAGACCAAAUGUAGAGGAGCUGGAGAGCCGGAAUAUACUGAAACAGAGAAAUGAUCAGACAGAACAAGAAGAAAGAAGAGAGAUCAAACAGCGGCUAAACAGAAAGCUGAAUCAGCGGCCGACCGUAGAUGAACUCAGAGACAGAAAGAUUCUGAUUCGAUUCAGUGAUUAUGUGGAGGUGGCCAAAGCUCAGGACUACGACAGGAGGGCAGAUAAGCCCUGGACUCGCCUGUCAGCCGCAGACAAGGCUGCAAUCCGAAAAGAGCUGAAUGAGUUCAAAAGCACUGAGAUGGAAGUGCACGCCUCAAGCAAACACCUAACAAGGUUUCACCGGCCAUGAAAGCGGAGUUUCUUCUGUGAAGAAAUGGGAAACCAAUACAUUUUCUGAAGCUGCUAGACGCCCCCUAAGUGGUGAGCGUUGGAGGCUCCUGGAGCUUUCUCGUCUUCAGCGCCUCAUCAAUUUUCUUCCAGCACUCUCAUAUCAUCAAUAUGGAGGAAUGCCUGCGGGAGAAGCGACGGCGGGGAUGUUUGCAGCAGAGACUUUGGCUGAGACUCUUGACUCUCAGGACAAGAGCGGAGCAGAAAAAGAAAAAACAAUCUCAUCAUUCUUGUGUUGUUUUUUUUGUACUAAUACAUGGACUUCUUUGACAAAGCGGUUUGGAUCCGGGUCGUGGGGAAGAAGGUGUGCAUGUGACCAGCUUCACUUUUAUAAAUGUGUCACAGGGACUGAGCAGGCCGCUGUUGGAGACACAUUUGAUAUGAACUGUAUGUACAGUGUGUCCAUCAAUGUCUUCAAUGAAAAGAAAACAAACCUUUGUAAGCACUUCUUGUCUUCAAAAUACAUCUUUUGUAAGAAUUGA